AUGGCAGUUGAGGACUCAGGUUCAGAUGAUGUACUACUAAUGGCUAGGAUUAAUUCAGAUGAUGACUACCCAGAAUUGUGGUAUCUUGACAUAGGUUGUUUUAAUCAUAUGAUUGGGCAUAAAGAGUGGUUUUUGUGCAUUGAUGAUAAGGUAAAAAGGGAGAUUAAGUUGAAAGACAACAACUCGGUGGCUACAGUGGGAGUGGGCAAGGUGCUUAUUCAAAUGAGAAAUGGCAAACAAUCUUUCAUUUGUGAUGUGUUGUAUGUGCCAAACAUGAAGAAUAAUAUGUCGAGUCUUGGAAAGCUAUUGGAAAGUGGAUACUCUAUGAAGAUGGAGCAUGGUGAAAUGAGGAUGUUUGAUAGUUCAAAGAAGAUUGACCUUGAAGGCAACAUUGUCCAAGAUCAGAACCUUCAAGAUUGA